AUGUCAUCGGCACAUAUGCAUGUUACUGAUGAUAACGAUUCGUUAGCAGAAAUGCUUGGCUAUCUUCUUGAACAAUUGAUAUUACAUAAAUUGAACAAAAACCAAAUAAUAACCAUUGGUCUAUCAGGUGGUUCCCUUGUUGAUUUACUUGCAUCCAUGUUACCUCGUUUACAAUUACCCUGGACUUACGAUUCAACUUAUGGAAAUUAUCAAUCGAAAUUAUUUCGACAGUUACCACUUACUGAGAAUAAUAUUAUUAAAAUAGAUCCAAAUUUAGAAACUGUUGAAGAAUGUGCCAAAGAUUAUCAAAAUAAACUACAAGAAGCAUUGAACGAUGAAGAUAAGUCGUUUGAUAUUGUUCUUCUCGGUAUGGGACCUGAUGGAUAUAUUGCAACUGAGCCUGUUACAUUAACAUUAGAUACAAUAAAUCGAGCAAAAUAUAAAAUCGUUGUUAUAACAGGUGAAACUAAAUCAACUACUAUCAAAGAAGUAUUAAGAGAAAAAAAUAAAACUUAUCCUAUUUCACAAAUUAAUAAUCUUGUUUGGUAUCAUGAUAAAGCUGCUGCUAAACAUCUAUAA